GAACUGAGGAACAAAUCACUUUCAGCAGAAACCGUGAACUAAGAGUCCUCAAAGCUUUCGGACGCAGCUGCAGCGAUCUUCUGAGGAGAGGGUAGCAGUUCACGGUAUUUAUCAUCUUUAAACAACAGGAAAACACACUUUACACAUCGUGACUAAGUUUGGAAUCAAGCAGGAAUUUCAUCUGAACUGAGAUCUGCUGCUGUGAAGAUGGAGUUUGUUAAAGAGGAGAGUGAAGAGAACACGAGUGAACCAGAAACCUGGAGAAUAAAACACGAGGAACCAGAAACCAGGAGAAUAAAACACGAGGAGCCAGAAACCUGGAGAAUAAAACACGAGGAGCCAGAAACCCGGAGAAUAAAACACGAGGAGCCAGAAACCUGGAGAAUAAAACACGAGGAGCCAGAAACCCAGGGAAUAAAACGCAAGGAGCCAGAAACCAGGAGAAUAACCAGAAACCUGGAGAAUAAAACAAGAGGAGCCAGAAACCCGGAGAAUAAAACACUAGGAGCCAGAAACCCGGAGAAUAAAACACGAGGAGCCAGAAACCCGGAGAAUAAAACACGAGGAGCCAGAAACCUGGAGAAUAAAACACGAGGAGCCAGAAACCCGGAGAAUAAAACACGAGGAGCCAGAAACCCGGGGAAUAAAACACGAGGAGCCAGAAACCCGGAGAAUAAAACACGAGGAGCCAGGAGAAUUAAACCCGAGAAACAAGGAGGCCUGAUGAAAGAAGAAAGGCAAGAUCUGAAUGAGGUGCAGGAGAAUAUCAGGAUCAGAAAGAUCACGAUGUCAAUGGAGAAAAAUCAGUGAGUUCCAGCAUUAAAAAAACAGGAGUCAAAAGGCCUUUUAUCUGCUCACAGUGUGGAAACACUUUCACAUGUAACAAAAAUCUUAAGGAUCACAUGUUAAUUCAUGCUGGAAUAAAGCCUUUCAGCUGCUCUCAGUGUGGAAAUAGUUUUAAACAUAAAGUAAGCCUUAAGAACCACAUGAAAAUUCAUACGGGAAUAAAGCCUUUCAGCUGUUCUCAAUGUGGAAAGAGUUUUACAUGGAAAUCAUGCCUUAAGAACCACAUGAAAAUUCAUAAGGGAAUAAAGCCUUUCAGCUGUUCUCAAUGUGGAAAGAGUUUUACAUGGAAAUCAUGCCUUAAGAACCACAUGUUAAUUCAUACUGGAAUAAAGCCUUUCAGCUGCUCUCAGUGUGGAAACACUUUUGCACGCAAAGAAAGCCUUGAGAUGCACAUGUUAAUUCAUACUGGAAUAAAGCCUUUCAUCUGCUCUCAGUGUGGAAAGAGUUUUACACAGACGGGACAACUUAAGAAUCAUUUGGUAACUCACUCUUCAGAUAAACCUUUCAGCUGCUCUCAGUGUGGAAAGAGUUUUAGAUAUAAAGUAUGCUUUAAGAACCACAUGUUAAUUCAUACUGGAAUAAAGCCUUUCAGCUGCUCUCAGUGUGGAAACACUUUUGCACGCAAAGAAAGCCUUGAGACGCACAUGUUAAUUCAUACUGGAAUAAAGCCUUUCAGCUGUUCUCAGUGUGGAAAGAGCUUUACACAGAAGGGUAACUUAAAGACUCACAUGUUAAUUCAUACGGGGUAAAAGUCUUUCACUUGCUCUCAGUGUGGAAAAACUUUUACACAGAAAGGACAUUGCAAGGUUCAUUUGGUAACCCAAUCUUCAUAAAAGCCUUUCACCUUGGGGAGUUAAAGUAAGGGUGUACUCACACUAGCCAGUUUGAACCGUGCCCGAGUGCGUUUGACCACCAAAGCGCGGUUCGUUUGACUAGUGUGAGUGCUCCGAAUUGUG